AUGCGAGUGCUUGAGGUGGGUGCUGGCACUGGAUCGAUGACGAGACUAGCGUUGAAAGCUUUGAAAACGAAAGAGGACAUGGAAUUGCCCGAGAGUGCCCGGCUGUGUAGGUACUCGCGGUAUGACUUCACCGACAUCUCACCAUCGCUGGUUGGGGCCGCGCAGGAGGAAUUCGGGUCGACACAUCCCAAGACGCACUUCAGUCGCCUGGACCUCGAGCAAGAUCCAGAAAACCAAGGCUUCGAGCUUGGAACCUACGACAUCGUUAUUGCCGGGAAUGUUCUGCAUGCAACAGCAGACAUUUGCAAGACGCUGCGGCAUGUGAGAGCCUCCCUCAAGCCUGGAGGCAGGUUG